GGGUGGAAGGUGCCAUGCUCGCCUGGUUUGCAGGUUUUCGCCCCCAGCGUGUGGAUCUGGCUCCAUCCUCCGAACCAUGGAGGCGAUCUUGACCUCCGAGGAGCUGGACGAGGAGGAGCAACUGGUGAGAAGGCAUCGUAAGGAGAAGAAGGAGUUGCAAGCCAGAAUUCAGGGUAUGAAGAAUGCUGUUCCCAAGAAUGACAAGAAGAGGAGGAAACAACUCACUGAAGAUGUUGCUAAGUUGGAAGCAGAGAUGGAGCAGAAGCAUAAAGAGGAGCUGGAACAAUUAAAAUUGGCAUCUAAGGACAGUAAGGUCGAAUCUGUUGCUGUUGACAUUUCCAAUUUGGAUUUCGAGAAUCAUGCUCCUCGGAUAACUAAAGCACAGAAGAGAAGGGAUAAAAAAGCUGCCCUGCAGAAGGAACGGGAAGAGAGAAUAGCAGAAGCUGAAAUUGAAAACUUGACGGGAGCCAGACACUUAGAAAGUGAAAAGCUUGCUCAAAUCUUAGCCUCGAGACAGCUGGAAAUCAAACAGAUUCAGUCUGAUGGGCACUGCAUGUAUCGAGCCAUAGAAGAUCAGCUGAAGGCACAAGAGUGCCCCUUGACCGUGACCGCCUUAAGACGACAAACUGCCGAAUAUAUGCAGAGCCAUGCAGAAGACUUUCUGCCAUUUUUAACAAACUCUAAUACAGGAGCUAUGUAUACUUCAGAGGAGUUUGGAAAGUACUGUGAGGAUGUGGUGAACACAGCUGCAUGGGGAGGUCAGCUGGAGCUAAGAGCCCUGUCUCAUAUUUUACAAACACCUAUAGAGAUAAUACAGGCAGAGUCACCUUCUAUUGUGGUUGGUGAAGAGUACUCCAAAAAACCAUUAAUGCUUGUAUAUAUGAGACACGCAUAUGGCCUAGGAGAACAUUAUAAUUCAGUUACACGGUUGGGGAGCACAGAAACUGAAAAUGGCAGCUAGUUUGUCAAAUUUUGCACAAUUAUGUUUUAUUGUAAUGUGCCGAUCUGAGUAUUCACGCCAAGUCUGGAUUGCUGGAAAUGUUAUUGAAAAGCAGAACUCCCUGGAAUCAGUUUUAUGGCAAUACUUGCCAACAGGUUUUUUAAAAUGUAGUGUCCUUUAGUGGUAUAA